AUGAAUCUUGUAAAUACUCAAAGUCCAUUUUAUCAUGUAUUUGAAGAAUAGAAAAUAUUACAUAUAAAUGAAAUUAUUUAUUUUAAUCCCAAAAGUGCACCAUAAGUUCUAAACUAUUUCCAAAAAAAAGUUUAAGAAAUUAAAAAAAGUAUGAAAAAUCCUAUUUGUGAUCCACAAUAUAUUCCUACUUUGGAAAGGAAUUAAAAAAACGAGGGACCAAUCUCAUUUCAGAAGAAUUUCAACUAUCAUAAUGGGUUGAUUCUCAUAAACUGGGUUGUCCUUUCCAUUUUUAAUAUUGUUGAAUCAAUUCCAUAUUUCAUACAGAUUACUUGA